AUGGGAAACUCCUCCAAGGACAAUUCCGCCGUCAACUCCGGCGACGCUUCUCCCGCCGACGCUCCUCCCUCCGAUUCAAGCACAUACUCCGAGGGCGAGAAAGUCCUUGCUUAUCAUGGUCCCCGCAUCUACGAAGCAAAGGUGCAAAAGGCGGAGAUCAGAAAGAAUGAAUGGAGAUACUUUGUUCACUACCUUGGCUGGAAUAAAAAUUGGGACGAAUGGGUAGGUGAGAGCCGUUUAAUGAAACAUACCGAAGCAAAUGUUGUGAAACAACAUGCCUUAGAUAAAAAGCAAGGUGUAGACAAGAAUGUUAGGUCUGGGCGUUCAACUCAAGGAAAGGCCAAAAGUUCUACAGAUGCCAAAGUGGAUAAAGAAGACAUCAGGAAUAAUGUGUCAAAAGGAAAAAAACGAAAGAAUGAUUCAGGAAUUGAGAAGGGCAGCGGGAAUGUUGAAAAGCUUUUUAAAAUUCAAAUCCCUGCAUCAUUAAAGAAACAACUUGUUGAUGACUGGGACUUUGUUAAUCAGCAAGAUAAGCUUGUGAAACUUCCUCGUUCGCCCACUGUUGAUGAAAUUCUGACAAAGUAUCUUGAAUACAAGUCAAAGAAAGACAGCAUGGCGGCUGAUUCAACAGGGGAAGUUUUGAAAGGUAUAAGGUGUUAUUUUGAUAAAGCAUUGCCUAUGAUGCUCUUAUAUAAAAAAGAACGCAAGCAAUGUAAUGAAGCAGUUGUGGACAGUGUGUCUCCAUCAACCAUAUAUGGGGCUGAACAUUUAUUACGCCUCUUUGUUAAGCUGCCUGAGCUUUUGGCAUAUGUGAACAUUGAAGAGGAAACGUUAAACCGCUUGCAGCUGAAACUACUUGACUUUCUCAAGUUCUUGCAGAAAAAUCAAAGCACUUAUUUUCUCUCAGCAUAUGAUGGGACAAAAGGAAAAGGAAAGGGAAGGGAUGAAUGA